AUGCGUUUCCACCUCCUGGACCCUGGAGAGUACAUGCUGAAGUCAGUAAAUUCUUCAAAAAGAAAUAUUGAUGUGGUAACUGUAGAACAAAAACCACCUGAUGCAUCUACACAGGAGAUUUUAAAUGCAUCCUGCUCAAAUCGAAAAGAAGAUAUAUUAAGACAGCUGAUAUCUGAAGAAGAACAGGCAUUUGAACAACAAUUAACAGAUGUGGAUUACCAGCUUCAAUAUGUUCCUCCUUUGGCUCUGAAAAGAAAGAAAAUUUUCAGCUCAUUCAAUAAAGCCCAAACCAGCAGAAGAAACUUCAUUAAAGAAAAUAUUAGACAUCUGAGAGAAAUGCAGUUCCGUUUAAAUGAGAAACGAAGCCACACAACUCCUGCAACACUGUUACAGUCCAGAGAUCAGAAAGCAGCAUCAAAAAAGUUGCCACAGUUUCCUAUGUUGCAAACUUCUCAGAAACAUUUCAGCAGAGACAAUAAAACUCCAAGGAGAAAGAUGAAAAAUAAAAUCACACGUCAGCAAAAGAUGUAUCUUCGUAAAGCAACAAGAUCACAUCUUCAAAAAUCCGGUCAACAUGGAAGCAUAGUUCGUGAUCAGACUUCAUCAACAACAUCUCUUACUUCUGUUCAUGACUCAGGAUGUAGUUCAGCUAGUGAUGAAACUUUAAGAAACUUCUAUGCUGAGACUAAUAAUGAUAGAGAAAUGUAUCAUAUGAGCUCAUCAGAUGACAAAGAGAAUAUUUUAUCUCCUGAUGGGAAUGAAUCCAUAAACUCAAUAAAAAAUUAUUCAGACACUAAAGUGAUGAAGCAAAAUAUUCUUGCUCCAGAUUCACAAGAUGCUUUGAAUGCGUACUCACCACAGCAGCGGAAAGCUUUUGCAGAUUCUUUGAAUGUAAAAAUGACAGCUAAGGCAAUGGCUGCAAUGAAGAAAGUACUUGCACCAUCACCACCAAAUCCUCUAAAAGCGCCUCCUUCAUACCAAAAAGGGGUUCUGCCGAAGUACCUGCUGUCACGACAGGAGCAGCAGCAAAAGGAAGAAUGUGAUCGCCAGUUAAGAGACCCAGAUUGUCCACCAGGAUAUGUUCGUCUUCCAGAUAUGGAAAGGAGGGAAACCUUAAGUAUAUUAAGAAAAUAUUAUGGUGAUUUAAUCCAAGCGAUGAAUACGCUACCAGUGCAAACAACGGCCAAGAAAAUACAACAAAAGAAAAUGGACAUCGAGAAACAACUAGAUAAAUUGCAAGCAGCAAUUAAAGUGUUUUCUAAACCAAAAGUGUUCAUGAAAGUUGGAUCAUAA